GUUGUCGCAGACCACGACGCGUAACUGCCGCGAUUUAUACAAACAUACGGUUUUGCUUAAGCAGCGGCCAUCAGUUGCUCGUCACAUGUUCGACACUCAAGUAGAGACCACCUCAAGUAACGGGAAUUGUGCAGAAAAUUGGAUCAACGAUCAGUUCUGUGACCAACCGACAAUUGAAAGUGGAGACUGAGAUUUAUUGAAAGUCGAAAAUCGAACCGAAACAAAUCGAAAGCCAGCCGCAACUUGUCCUGCUCUCGCACGUAAUUACAAGAAGCAGAAGCAGAAGCAUUCAGAUCGUUACGUACUUUUGCUAGCGCCAUCUGGCUUCCGAUUAUCAUUCGCGCGUUAUUUCGGCUCUCCUCGUCCUUGUUGUGGCCGUGGCGCAAGUGCCCUCUCUCGCUCGCACCGUCGCUGUCGUCUACGUGUUUCGAAGAAAGCAAGUUUAAAGCAAAUAGCGUAUACCAAAGACAUUGAAUCGCGUUCGGCAUCUUGUGAAUUCGGAAAAUAACAGUUAAAGCACGACUAGCCGCCCCAGUUUACCAGCAAGGAAUAGGGCAAACGUUUCGAACAGAGGACGCAGUGAAAAAAAAAGAGUGUAUGCACAAAAUAAAACAUCAGUCAGAGCCAGCGAAAAACAAGCAACAAUAACAUUAACAAAACCAACAACAACAACAACAACAGGCAACAGCAACAACAACAGCAACAACAACAAGGCGCAAUUUAAUGAAUUUUGUGAUUAUAAAUAUUUCAAAGGUACAACAAAAGCUCAUUUAAUAAAAAAUCGCGGCAUCGAGCACAACGCCAAACGGCAAAACCCACAAAAAUCAAAUUAAAACAAAAACAAAACGACAAAAAAAGAAAACAACAACGAAAUAAUUCAAAAAAGCAAGAAAAACAAACGCACAACAACAACAACAACAACAAACGUGGCAAUAACUAAAACAGAAAGCUUUCGCAAGUUAGCAGCAGCAGCAAAAACAACAACAACAACAGCAACAACAAGCAGAGCCCGUGAGAGUGCAAGUGAAUAUAACAGUGUUCGUGCGUGCGUGUAUGUUUGUAUGUGUGUGUGCUCAAGUGUUGUGAGUGAGCGUGCCAAACAGAGAGAGAGAGAGAGGGAGCCAGAGAGAGAUCGAGUGAGCGCGUGAGCGUAAGCGAGAGCGUGCCAAAGCAGAGGCGUCAAUAAGCAGCAACCGUUAAGCGAAACAACGGCCAAAGCCAAUUGCGCAUAGAACAAGCACAGAAGCACAUUCGUAAGCGCAGAGAAGCCGAAAUAAAAUAACUCACGAAAAUACACAACAAAAAGACAAAAAAAAAAAAUAACAGAAAUUAACAAAAAUUUCAAUCGAAACACAAGAGAAAAAAAGGCAAACAAUCAAAAACGGCUGGAAAAGUUUUAAGUGUGACGACAACGUUACCGUUGUGAAAAUGGUAAACAAGGCCCAAGGAAAACAGGCGAAGGCAGACAAGGACAAACAAGCUACGCAGCAACAGGAGAAGUCGCAGCAGCAGCAGCAACAGCAGCAACAGCAGCCGCUACAGGUGCUACCAGGUAACAAAAACAAUGGCAGCGGCAGCAGCAACAACAAUCAAAUGAAAACAAACGAGAAGAACAAAAAUGGAAACAACAAGUGUAACAACAACAAUGCAGCGCGUGCCAAGUCUGGCAGCAACAAAGCACAACAGCAACAACAACAGCAACAGCAGCAGCAGCGCAGCAGCAAAAAGGCGCGUCCGCAGCGGCAGCAGCUCUUCUUUCAGCCGCUGACGCGCAGCAGCAACAGCCAGCAGCAGCUGCUGCUGCAGCGCUCAACAUGCUCAACACAAGAUGCAGCCAGCAACAGCAGCAGCAGCAAUAAAAACAGCAACGCGACAACAACAGCAACAGCAACAACAACAGCAACAUUAACAGCCGCCGUUAGCAAAGUAAGUCCCGCCGAUAUGUUAACAGCCGCCUUGGCCGUGCCCUGCGCCAAGUGCUCAAAGCCCGCCAUGCUGCCCGCCGGCCUGCUGCCCUCGUCUGGCUCCAGCAGCAGCAGCGCCAGCUCGGAGGCCAGCAGCAGCAGCUACAGCAGCAUUAGCAGCGGCAGCAGCAGCAGCAGCAGCAGUAGCAGCAGCAGCAGCGGCAGCAGCAGCAGAAGCAGCGAUCCGCGGCAGCAGCAACAGUCGCAGCAACUGGAGGCAGCCAUCAUUUAUCCGGGCAAACAGUAUCGCAAAUCGAAAUCCUAUUUGGGCGUCUCCCAAUACGCAACCAAAGCAACAGCUGGCAACAACAACAGCAACGGCAGUAGCAACAACAGCAGCAACAUACCGUAUAGACGCUCGCAGAGCGAUCGCCGCAAUUCGUUCGAUCGCACCUUUGCGGAGCGUAAUCGCGACUUUGUGCCCAUCGUCCAGCCAUUGCGUCCCGUUCUCUCCUCAUCGAACAUUGCGGGCGUCAUAGCCAGCGCCAGCGCCAGCAAGUUGACCAUCAUCGAGCGUUUCGGCAAGGGACGCGUCGCCUAUCCCAUUAUGCAGUGCGGGACACUAGACGGAGCCGCCGAACCGUUAUUUCAUCAGCAGCGCAACAACAGAAUGGACGUCUAUCAGAUCGAUGAUGGUUUCCACUCGGAUGGCGGUACCGAGACACCGCCGCCGUCUCCCAGUUCGGGCUCCUCGAUAGCCUCGACCUCGGACCACGGCUCGCUGGAGAGCGUUGAUACAGGGGGAACACAACGGCUGGCGGUGCUAUCGUUCGAGCAGGUGCGCAAGCUGCACAGCGUCAUGGACGAGAAGGUGGCCAUACAUGGACGCGGCAAUUUUCCAACACUGGAGGUAACGCUCAAGGAUCUGGUGAAUCUGGUGCGUCGCAAGUUGGAGGCAGACGUGAACACCGGCGGUGCCGGUGUCCUAGUUAAGGAUAUACGACUAAAUGGCGGCGCAGCUAGUCAUGUGCUGGCCAGCGAGGAUCAGCCGUACAAUGAUCUGGACCUGAUCUUUGCCAUCGAGCUGAGCUCACCGCGCGUCUUCGAUCGGGUCAAGACCGCCGUGCUGAACACGCUGCUCGACCUGAUGCCCGAGGGCGUCUGCAAGCGCCGCAUCUACACGGGCAGCCUCAAGGAGGCCUAUGUCGGCAAAAUGGUCAAGGUUAACAAUAACAACGAUGGCGAUCGCUGGUCCCUCAUCUCGCUGGGCAAUUCGCCCGGCCACAAGAAUGUCGAGCUCAAAUUUGUGGACACAAUGCGGCGUCAAUUCGAAUUCUCCGUCGAUUCAUUCCAAAUUGUGUUGGACUCGUUGCUGUUGUUUUACGAUUGCGCCGCCUUGCCCAUAUCGGAGAAUUUCUAUCCGACCGUCGUUGGCGAAUCGGUCUACGGCGAUUUCCAGGAGGCAUUGUAUCAUUUGCAAAAGAAACUGAUCUCAACGCGCCAGCCGGAGGAGAUACGCGGCGGUGGUCUAUUAAAAUAUUGUAAUCUAUUGGUGCGCAACUAUACGGCCGUCGAUUCACAAUUGAUCAAGACUCUGGAGCGUUACAUGUGCUCACGUUUCUUCAUAGACUUUCCCGACAUAAGCACACAGACAACCAAGCUGGAGGCCUAUUUGCGCAAUCAUUUCUGGGGCAUUGAGGAGGAGCCGCUGCAAUAUGAGUAUCUCAUGUAUUUAUAUAACGUUGUCGAAAUGUCCACAGUCUGUCUGAUGGGACACGAGCGCCGCCAGACGCUGCUGCUCAUUCACACGCUGGCCCAGCAGGUCAAGCAGGCACAGGAGCAACAGUAUCAUCAUCAGCAGCAACAGCAGCAGCAGCAGCAGCAGCAACAGCAACAUCAUCACCAGCAGCAGCAACAUCAUCAUCACCAGCAGCAGCAGCAACAACAUCACCAUCACCAUCAUCAACAGCAACAACAUGCCGCAUACCUGCAGCAGCAGCAGCAGCAGCAACAGCAGCAACAGCAGCAGCAGCAGAUGGAGCCGCAGCCGGCGCAAUCGCCGCCCGUCUUGGCGCUGGUCUCGACAACGCCGUCGCAGCAGACACCGCAAACGCAAACGAUCUAUGUGCAACAGGCAGCGCCGGCCAGUGCCACAAUUUGCUGCAGCAACACAACAGCAGCAGCAGCAGCAGCAGCGGCGGCAGCAGCAGCAGCGGCAGCAUCGCCAGCGGCAACGGCAGCGAACACAACAGCAACUGUUGCUGUUGAUGCACAGGUGGCCCAGCCGCAGACCAUACAGAUACAGGCGGGUCCGCCGGGCUUGAUCUAUGCCAAUGGCGUUUACUAUGCACCUGUGAUACCCAGCACCAUUUGCACCUGCAAUUCCACCUGGCUGAGCACGUGAUUGGAGCAGCAACAGCAACAGCCACAGCCAACGCAGCAGCAGCAACAACAACAUCAACAACAACAACAGCAACAGCAGCAGCAGCAACAACUACAACAACAACCACAACAGCAACACUUUAACAAUAUAAACAGCAAGAAGAAGAUUAGCAGAGCGCAGGAUGAGAAUGUGGCAGCCACGGGCAGCUUGGUGGUGCUGCAGCAGCAGAUCAACAAUUUGCCAGUCUACAAACUGAACCAGCAGCAGCAGCAGCAAGAACAGUCACGGGCGAAGCAACAGCAGCAGCAGCAACAACAGCAGCAGCAUCAGCAACAACAGCAACAGCAGCAACAGUUGCUGUUGGGCACCUACAGCGGGCAAUUUGCAUAUUUCUAUCCGCACGAUGGUUCGGCGCCCAGUUUGCUGCUGCUCGGCGAGGAUUCAUACUUAAAUGUGACAUUGGCGCAACAACAACAACUACAACAAAUACAACAACAACAAUAUAUCUAAAAGAAAAACUUACAGAAAGAAAAACAAAAAAAAAAGCCCGGGCUAACUGCAAGACACGAGCCUUUAGUUGUACAAACCUGUCAUUUAUAUAUAUAUCUAUAUAUAUAUAUAUAUAUAUACACACACAUAUAUACAUAUAUAUAUAUAUAUAUCCUGUUGUUCCUUUUUCUAUACAUUUUUGUACGCACGCUAAAGACUCGACAGAACAGAACUCACCGUCUCUCUCUCUCUCUCUCUCUCCCCCUCUCUCACCUGAAAAACAAAACCACAAUUGUUGCUGCAAAAUGUUGAGCAUGAUGUUAAUGAUGUAGCUAAACACACACACACACACACACACACACUAACACACAACAUACACACAACACACACAAUACACUACGCCAAGUUUCAACUAAUUUGACUGAAGAGCCGCUGUUUGGGGCGGGCGCCGGGAGCAAGGAGCAAGGAGCAAGGAGCAAGUCGCGAUGGCCAAAAAAUAAUAAAACAAAAUAAUGAGAAUGGGGGCCAACAAGAAAAGAAAGUGAAUACGGAAGAGAAAGAUGUCGCAGCCAAUUCACUUUUGCCUAUAAACCAGGACAAAUCAACACCAACACCAACACACGCACACACAUCAACACACACACACACACACACACAACGAUAUGACAAACAAAAAAUAAUAGCCAGAUAAUAUUUUUUUUUUAAAAUUUUUUUUCUUUAUGCGUCGCUUCAAAAAAAUUUUCUUGUAUCGCAAAAAACCAACCUCAAAAGAACUCUACUUGUAUACGAAAACACACACACACUCCCACACACACACUCCCGCACACACACUCCCACACGCCCACAUGUAAUUCUUAUCAAUUUUGCUCUUAACUUCAAUUU